AGAGCGGCGCGGCGGAGCGCUAUCGGCCCGUUGCAGGUGCCUCGCCGCUUUUCAAAAUUUUUCCCCAAAUCUCUCUCCUACCUCCGCUCCCCUCCCCCCUACCGCCGCCUCCCGCUCGAACCAGCUUCUGGAUCCUUCUCCCAGGCGCGGAUGGAGCGGAAGUUCUACGAGAAGUACGCCUCCCUCAAGAAGCGGAAGCUGCUCGACGAGGGGUUGGAGCGGAAGCGGGAGAAGGAGCUCAAUGAGCUUUACGAUGCCAUGAAGGAUUGGGUCCGCGGCCUCCAAACAGAUAAAGAGGAGCUCAGUGAGAAGCUCGUGGACAAGGAGGAUGAGCUUGAGAAGGCCCGCCAGGAUUUCCUUGCAGACAUUCGAGCAAGGGACAGUGAAAUUCUGUGGCUUAAGCAGCUCUUGGUUGAGAAGACUGAAAAAAACAAUUCUACUGCUACUAGAUCUGUGGACCUCACACCUGAAAUUAUCCAUGAAAAUCCAACUCAAAUAUCGCCUAGAAGGAAGACACCACAAUCAAACAUCAAGGCAAAGAGGGUACAAUUGAGUGAAAGUACUGCCAUUCCUCACAGCAGCCUUGAGGAGGAAUCUCAAGAGCUACAAUGCUCUAGAAGAUAUACAUGCACCUCAGGGAACGAGAUAAACGAAUGUCCCAGCGCUCAUAUGUUUCACUUGCUGCUUCAAUCUUUAGUUCGCAUGAAGCUCACAGUAGAUGAUGGAACAGAAAAUUUUUCGGUUUCAGUCUCCCAUGAAGCUACCGGUUAUAGUUUCACCCUCACAUGGUUAGAGAAACCUGGUGAAUGGUCUUAUAAGCUGUCUUCAUUGGGCACCCUGGAAAGGAUAGCCGCCAAUUGGAUGAAGCAGGACAUAAGAUUUAGCAUGAACAUGUGCCGUCUGUUCUUCGAGCGGAUAUCAAACAUCAUCACUAAAGGGUGACAGCAUGCUCUUCAUUAGAGCUAUAGCUACCUCAGCUUGCCCCUCUCGAUGUAUAAAAUGAAGCUGCUUAUCUUGAACCUGCAAGCCUCUGAUGUGUAAAUGUGACCUCUGGAUGUGAAAAAGAAAAAAAAAAUAUUGAAGUGCUAUCUUGUGGCAGAACUGUUUUGCUGUCUGUCUUCUUUAAUCGACCUUACAAAUAGUUCAUAGGUGACGGUGCCAUGGCAUGGGUCACCCAAUGUGACCGUCAGGCGUCAGUUCAUGGUUCAAGAUGUUAAUCACUUAAUGCACAGACUUGGCAGGAAACUUUGGGAUCUCCA